AUGCCUCUUAACGUAUCACUCCAGUUUACCCAGAUGCUACGACAGCUUACACGGAUGAUUCAACACGUUCAACAAAAGCAACUAAAAGAACAAAAAUGGCUUCUACAAUUGCGGAUCAACUACCAAGAAACGAGGAUACCCAACACUCGCUAUAACUUAGAGCCUUGUAGACGCCUUAGCAGGGUCGGACUAUACAUUGCUGUGGUUUUAUAUGACUUAAAGAUCCCCAAUCCUACACACGGCAUCUUGGAAGUUGAUUCCCAGAUUGGUUGUCAUGUAUACACUCAUGACUUCAGCGAACAGCCCCACGACUACUAUGAUACCGGUGCUACGCGGUAUUUUGAUAUUUUAACUAUGAAGCGUGCUUUUGAACUCUUUAAGCUUACCAAAACGUUCCUAGUUCCGUAUUAUAUAGGUGGCGAAUCUAACUAUUUGCGCACAUUCAAUGCCCGCCUCUUCAACGCGGAUACGGCAUAUCCAUAUCGCGUCAGCAAGAAGAAUGAUGGUCGUGUAUUUAACAAUGUUGAUAACGUAGAAGGAAUCUUGAAAUAUGUCUUUGGUACAUAUAAGAAGGCACUGUAUGAUAACAUCGACAUCCGUUUUGCCGAGUUCGUAACUGUUAGCAACUUUAGGCUGCGUCAGUACGACUUUUCUACUCAGCGGAUGGUGACUUGUAAUACAUCGACCGACUUGUUCGAUCGGGCCUUUCCCAGGAGCACGGAUGCGUCUCUUCUCACUGACGCAGUAUCCGGGGGCUUAAAAGUAAAGUAUACCAGGAUGAACAAGCGGGAGGGCAGUAUGUCGGUUAGCGGUACCGACGAGGAGAACCCCGGUCAAGGAUACUGUACCGUGUUUAGUGUUUUAUCGUUAGGCUACUUAAGGCGUGUUGAUUUGCACGGAUUUGAGCUGCAAUUGUCUCAGAAGACCGUAACCUGUAGUCUAUAUUACGAAAAUUCUGUCAAAGUAGCACCCAGGUUUAAGUCAAGGGGUGUUGCCCCGACUGACUUGCCGUUGCGCACUUUUGUCUAUCUGCCGUAUAAUCUAAACGAUUUACAGAACGCGAGGCGUUUUGUAUUAUUAGUCGGCGAGGAUAAGUUGGUCGAGCUGAUAUUGCGUGACUUGGUCUUAACAUAUUCACAGCACGAAACGUACGAGAACAUCAUGAUAUAUUACCCGGUCGCUACCGGCACCUUUGUACUCUUGGGCUCAGGACAGUUUAGCAACUUGUACCCCUACCUGGUCUGGGUGGUUGCUGAUAGCAGGUUCUAUAUUGUUUUCUGCUUACUAGGGCAAAGUAACUGGGUAGCCGAUCCAGAAACCGGGAUGAACGGAAUUGUACACUUACAAGUUGCAUUAGGGAAGCUUCGCAAAUACGACCAAGUAGAAUAUCAUUUCCGAGUUAUCAGAUGA